CAAUUAUUUCCCUCUCUCUCUCUCUCUCUCCUUCUGUUACUUUCAUGGCUAAUGCCGUUUCCUGCUGCUAUGUCUGCCGUUGCGAUCCCCUCUGACCUCUGCUUCUCCAGCCCACCACCCACCACUGCACUAUCAGAGGGAAGUUGAGGAGAAAUUUACCGGCGGCCAUGGCGGAGGAGCAAGUUCUGUACCUGCACGGGGAUCUGGAGCUGCAUAUCUUCGAGGCUCGCAGUCUUCCCAACAUGGACCUCUUCUCAGAGCACCUCCGCCGCUGCUUCACCGCCUGCGACGUCUGCCGCUCCCCCUCCGACCACGGCGACGGAGACGGAACCGACGGCGGCGGAAUUAGUCGCCGCGAGAUGAAAAUUGACCGUCACCGGAAAAUCAUCACCAGCGACGCUUACGUCACCAUAUCCGUUCCCCAGGCCACGCUCGCCCGCACGCGCGUGCUCUCCAACUCCCUGAACCCGAAGUGGAACGAGCGUUUCAAUAUCCCCUUGGCGCACCCCUUCGAGUCGCUGGACAUCCGCAUUAAGGAUAACGACGUUUUCGGCGCCGACAACAUAGGGAAGGUCUUGAUUCCGGCCGAGAAGAUCGCUUCCGGCGAGGAAAUCUCCGGCUGGUUCCCUGUGCUUAAUUCCGUCGGUAAGCAGCCGAAACCAGACACGGCGCUGCGGCUUCAGAUGAAAUUCACCCCUUGUGAGGAAAAUUCGGCGUACAAAAUUGGCAUUGCUGGCGAUCCGUUGCACGGAGGGGUUAGGGGGACUUACUUCCCGCUUCGGAAAGGGAAUUCUGUUACUCUGUACCAGGAUGCGCAUGUAAAGAGCGACGAGCACAAAUUGCCUGAAAUUGAGCUGGAGGGUGGAUUUGUUCGGGAACACGGCAGGUGUUGGGAGGACAUCUGCCAUGCGAUUUCUGAGGCGCAUCAUUUGAUAUACAUUGUAGGGUGGUCUGUCUUCCACAAAGUUAAGCUGAUUAGGGAGCCGACGAAGCCCUUGCCUCGAGGAGGACACAUGACGCUUGGGGAAUUGUUGAAGUAUAAGUCCCAGGAAGGGGUUAGAGUUCUGCUGUUGGUUUGGGACGACAAGACUUCGCACGAUAAGCUCUUGCUGAAAACGGCUGGAAUGAUGAAAACUCAUGAUGAAGAGACCAAGAAGUUUUUUAAGCAUUCAUCUGUUAUCUGCGUUUUAUCACCACGUUAUGCAAGCAGUACCCUUGGCUACAUUAAACAACAGGUUGUUGGAACUGUCUUUACACAUCAUCAGAAAUGUGUUCUUGUUGAUACACAAGCUCGUGGAAAUAAUAGGAAAAUUACUGCCUUUAUUGGUGGCAUUGAUCUCUGUGAUGGUCGUUAUGAUACACCUGAGCAUAGAUUGUUCCGUGAUCUGGAGACCACUUUUAAGGAUGAUAUUCAUCAGCCUACUUUUCCUGAAGGAACAAAGGCUCCAAGGCAGCCUUGGCAUGAUUUGCACUGCAGAAUUGAUGGGCCUGCUGCUUAUGAUGUUCUUGUAAACUUUGCUCAACGUUGGCAAAAGGCAACAACGUGGAAAGAAUUUAAUAAACUUAAGAACAAGAUGUCCCAGUGGAAGGACGAUUCAAUGAUAAAAAUUGAGCGAAUAUCCUGGAUUUUAAGUCCUGCAUUUUCUGUUUCUGAGGAUGGAUCUUACAAAUCUAAUUUGGAUGAUGAUCCUAAGCUAUAUGUCUCUAGGGAGGAAGAUCCAGAGAAUUGGCACGUGCAGAUAUUCCGGUCAAUUGAUUCUGGGUCAGUCAGAGGCUUUCCAAAAUACUAUGAUGAAGCUCGGGCACAGAAUCUUGAUUUCUACAAAAAACUGGUGAUAGACAAAAGCAUUCAAACGGCAUAUAUCCAGGCGAUAAGAUCUGCUCAGAAAUUUAUCUACAUCGAAAAUCAAUACUUUCUUGGUUCAUCAUAUGCUUGGCCUUCAUAUAAAGAUGCAGGGGCUGAUCAUCUAAUACCUAUGGAGUUAGCAAUGAAAAUUGCUAGUAAAAUACGAGCUAAUGAGAGAUUCGCGGUGUAUGUUGUUCUACCUAUGUGGCCUGAGGGAAAUCCCAAAGAUACUGCUAUGCAAGAGAUUCUAUUUUGGCAGGGCCAAACAAUGCAGAUGAUGUACCAAUACAUUGCAAAGGAGAUCAAAUCAAUGAAACUCCUGGAUUCGCAUCCUCUAGAUUACUUGAAUUUCUACUGCCUUGGCAACCGGGAAGCAAUAAAAAAUGCUGAAGCUGAAAUCUCUGGAGCUGCAGAUAAGAUUUCAGAUUCACAAAAGUUUCAGCGCUUCAUGAUAUAUGUUCAUUCCAAAGGAAUGGUUGUGGAUGAUGAGUAUGUGAUAAUAGGAUCUGCUAACAUAAAUCAAAGAUCAAUGGCUGGCUCCAAAGACACAGAGAUUGCAAUGGGUGCAUAUCAGCCUCAUUAUACCAGGGAUAAGAAACAGGAUCGACCUCGUGGCCAGGUGCAUGGAUAUCGAAUGUCGCUCUGGGCGGAACACCUUGGAAUGACGGACGAGUGUUUGAAGAAGCCUGAGUCAUUGGAGUGUGUGGAAAAACUAAACGAGAUUGGUGAAGAGAACUGGAAGAGGUAUACGAAAGAUGAGUUUACAGCAUUGCAAGGGCAUCUGCUCAAGUACCCAAUCGAAGUUGAUAUUGAAGGCAACGUUAAGCCGUUGCCGGGUUAUGAAAACUUCCCGGAUGUUGGGGGUAGAGUUCUGGGGACUGCUGCUCAGGCUAUACCGGAUAUUAUUACCACAUGAGGCUGAGACACCCUUAUCAUCCAUGUAAGUAAGUAUGUGUAAUGUUGUAUUAUGAGAAUGUGCAUAGUUUGGUUUUAAGGUCUCUCUCUCUCUCUCUCUCUCUCUCUCUCUCUCUCUAACACACGCUCACAUGAAGAUUGAUUCUUCUUAUUGUUUGUUUGUUUGUUUCAUUUGCAUGUGGAUUGAAUUGAAUUGUAUUGAUUCAUUGUAAUUUGUGUGUGUUAAAGUAAUGCAUAGUGAUUCAACCAUUCAA